AUUCGGAGAAUGAAAUUUCGGCUAUAUUGAAGUUUCCUUUGUUUUUUUUUUGAAAUUUUGAAGUUUAUUUGUGUUGUAAAUAGAAGUUAUAGUACAGAUAAAAAUAUAUCAUGAACGAUUCCAAUGGAACAAAUUUUGAAAUUGACGUGAAUCGUUUACUAGAAGAAUUCAAUAAUAAUGAUUACGUCCUGAUAGGUAUAUAUAUACCUGUUUUUUUAACUGCUUUAGGAGCUAAUUUACUUUUCAUAAUCGUAAUUUCGAAAAUUAGGAUAAAAAGAACGAGUAAUUAUUUUUUAUUAAAUUUAUCCACGGCAGAUUUGUUUGUUACCCUUAUUUGUAUGCCAAACGCUAUGUGGAGGGCAUAUACGACGUUGUACAGCUUCGAUAGAUAUAGCUGCAAGAUAAUAGCUUACGUAGAAUGUAUCGCUGUUGCUACUAGCAUUCUGACUAUAACAGCUAUGGCGAUGCAUCGAUAUUUCGCCAUAACUAAACCUCUUAUGGGGUUGUUGUACCCACCUUUCGAUAAACGCGGUUGUCUUGUUAAUAUUAGUGGUAUUUGGACCAUUUCCAUGGUGGUAUUUUGUCCGGUUUUAUGGGUGUAUGAUUUGGAAGUGGAAAAUAUACCAUUACCCGAUAGGAAUAUUUCUGUUUACUUGUGUUUGGAAAAUUGGGAUGAUUUUUUUAUAUCUCGACACGUUCUUGGAAUAAUUUGGUUCACGUUCAUAUUUUUAAUACCAGGGUUGAUAAUGACGUUUACUUACACUACGAUGGGACGAACCCUUUGCGCUAUUAAUGAACUUUAUGAUGAUUCUCGAUAUCAGGCAGGCAACGUAAUAGUGAAAAGAAGAAGAGUAGCUUACGUAUUGUUUCUCCUAGCCGCUAUAUUUGCAAUUUGUUGGCUACCAAUACACGUUUGGAUGUUAGUAACCGAUCUAAAAUCAGUAUCAUCAGACGACGAAUCGACAGACAAAUUUACCCAACAGAAAAGUCGUUACUUGCUACUUUUGGGCCAUUGGAAUUCAGCUUUGAAUCCACUUGUUUAUUUCACUUUAUCAAGAAAGCUAAGAAAGUCGAUUCAAGAACUAUUUCGUAGGACUACAUGCGAAGGACAAAGAGAAACAUCAAAAGUAACUCUCAUCAAAUUGAACACGUUAAAUCGUAAUUUACCUUUACAAAAUUCGAAAUCUACUACUCAGAAUACGAAGAAAAAUGAAGAAAUCUAAUAAAUUUUCCUAUAUUUACAUAUUUUUUUAUUAUUAAAUUUGUUUAUGAAUAUA